AUGAAAAGUUCAAGUGGCUUAUCUAGUUCUGAUACUACAUAUUUAUCCGUAAUAUCAGGCGUAAAAAAUAAUAAUUUGUUAGGUAAUAAUCUUCAACUAUUGUCUGGUUCUGGAUUAACUUUUGUCAUGAUCGAAGAAACUCUUGGUGAUGGUGAAAAAGUAUUAGAUCUUCAAGAUGUUAGUGAAAAUCACCCUCAUAUUAAAUCAAGAUCAUCAUCUUAUAGUAAUAUUCAUAAUGAUUUCAUACGUCAUGAUAAAGAGGCAAAAAAUAUAAGUAGAAAAAAUUCUUUGGCGAAUAUAAUGGAUUUUGAGGGGAAAAAGAAAGAGCCAGAAGAAGAUAUUGAAGAAGAAGUUGAAGUUCCCAUCAUUGGCAAUUAUGAAGCAUUAGCAGCACUUGAAAAAAUAAUUAUGUAUGUUGAACAAAAAGCUGAAAAAAUUCAAUUUCAAAAAGACCAAAUUCAGGCAAUAAAAAAAUUGCGAAAGGCUAUAGAACGAGAAGAAUUUUAUUCCAAGCAACAAGUUACCUUAGACUCUUUUGUAGGAAUGGAUUUGACAGGUGAGAAAAACGAAUAG